AAAGGCAGACUGGAUCAUUUCCGGUCGUCUCGUUCGCUUUGACGCAAAUCUGGCGCUGUAAUAACCGGAUAACGGGAACCGAGAAGGAGGACGGCAGCAAAACGGAUCAGUCGGUCAGUCGGUGUGUGUUUCUCCCGUUGUGUAACGCAGGCCCUGAGUUUCUCCUCUAGGCGGAGCGGCUCCUUCUCUCCUCUUUGUCUGCUUUCUGCUCCUCGGAGGUGGGACCUGACCGGAGCGCGGCUCGGCGGCGGAGGACCUGCACAUGUCGGCUCCGUUUGUUUCUCCGCCCUGAUAUCGGCUGGAGGACGGCAGCGGGAGGAGGAGCAGGUGGAGAACAAUCACCGAACCGCAGGGAGUCAAAUAGAAAUAUAUAAAUGUGUUAAUGAGAGGAGCGUCUGAGACAAUCAGGAGAGGAUGCGAUAAAAACAAGAGAGAAGGACACCAGUGAUGCGGCAGCCGAGGUGGGCCCAGAUUGAUGAUUUUAUGAUAUCAUCAUCCACCGCCAGGACCGGAUCCGAUUAAUAAGGAGGAUAAACCACAAACUGAUCGGGAAUCUGUGUUUCCCCCCGCACUCCCCUCUGGGAUAAGCAGGAGGCGCUCUGCGGGUUUUCUUCAUCAGCCUGUUAUUAUCCUGAAUGAACAUCCACGUUUAGGCCGAUGACCGAGUCUGGAGCCUGUGUGACGCCAGUACAGCAGCAGAGGUGUGUGUCUGAGCAUCACUGGGAAGGAGCCGCCAGCCCAUUUCCAUCUGUGCGUAAAACAAACCAGGAGAUUCAGGCGAUGCGGCCAUCAGUCCGGCUCUCAUAGAGGCGCAAAUCAGGACUGGACCUCCAGAGAUAUUCCUCCCCCCUCCUGCGCAUUUCCAUCCUAAUCAACUGAUUAUCCAUCUGUGAUUCACAAAGCCACCCACUCCAUCCAUCCAUCCACCCAUCCAUCCUCCGUUACGCGCUCCACAUCUGCAGCCGUCAUGGAGACCACCAAGCUGCCGCCGUCCAGCCCCUCCUCGCCGAGCACCAGCUUCUCGGUGCCGUCCGCGGAGAAGGUGGACGGCUUUCCGCGCAGGUCGAUGCGCAGAGCGCGGCAGAGGAGGUCCCACAGCUCGUCCCAGUUCCGCUACCAGAGCUCCCAGGUGGAGCUCACCCCGCUGCCCCUGCUCAAAGACGCCCCGGUGGCAGAGCUACAUGACCUGUUCUGCAAGAAGCUGCAGCAGUGCUGCGUGCUGUUUGACUUCCUGGACUGCGUGGCCGACCUGAAGGGGAAGGAGAUCAAACGUGCGGCGCUUAACGAGCUGGUGGAGAGCGUGGCCACCAGUAGAGGAGUCCUCAUCGAGCCUCUCUACCCAGAGGCCAUAAAGAUGAUCUCGGUAAACAUCUUCCGCACACUUCCUCCCAGUGAGAAUCCAGAGUUUGACCCUGAGGAAGAUGAGCCGACUCUUGAAGCCUCAUGGCCACAUCUGCAGCUGGUGUACGAGUUUUUCCUGAGAUUCCUGGAAAGUCCGGACUUCCAGCCAUCCAUGGCUAAACGCUACAUCGACCAGAAGUUUGUCCUGCAGCUCCUGGAGCUGUUCGACAGCGAGGACCCCAGGGAGAGGGAGUACCUGAAGACCAUCCUGCACCGCGUCUAUGGAAAAUUACUGGGCCUCCGAGCGUACAUCCGCAAACAGAUCAACAACAUCUUCCUCAAGUUCAUUUAUGAAACUGAGCACUUCAACGGAGUGGCAGAGCUGCUGGAAAUCCUGGGCAGCAUCAUAAAUGGCUUCGCGCUGCCGCUGAAAGCUGAACACAAGCAGUUCCUGGUGCGGGUCCUCAUCCCGCUACAUACAGCAAAAUCCCUCUCCAUCUUCCAUGCACAGCUAGCGUACUGUGUGGUGCAGUUCAUGGAGAAAGACGCUACAGUGACUGAAUACAUCAUCAGGGGGUUGCUCAAGUACUGGCCCAAAACCUGCACCCAGAAAGAGGUGAUGUUCCUGGGGGAGAUUGAGGAGAUACUGGACGUGAUAGAGCCGUCGCAGUUCAUCCGGAUCCAGGAGCCUCUCUUUAAGCAGAUAGCAGCCUGUAUCUCCAGCCCUCACUUUCAGGUAGCGGAGCGCGCUCUUUACUUCUGGAACAACGAGUACAUCCUCAGCCUGAUAGAGGAGAACUGUCAAGUCAUCCUGCCGCUGGUGUUCGCCACGCUCUACAGAGUCUCCAAGGAGCACUGGAACCAAACCAUCGUGUCUCUGAUCUACAACGUGCUGAAGACCUUCAUGGAGAUGAACAGCAAACUGUUUGAUGACCUCACUGCCUCCUACAAAGUGGAGAAACAGAAGGAGAUGAAGCGGGAGCGGGAGCGUGCCGACCUCUGGCGAGGCCUGGAGGAGUACCAGGAGCGGCGCAUGCAGAUGCUAACGGAGGCCGCCAGGAACCAGCGCAACCUCCAGGAGCGGGGCGAGAGAGGAGACCCGCUGAGCCCCUCGUCCCCGCAGACGGCCCAGUCCGACCAGCCUGAGCCCAAACCCAGCGGCGCCUCCACCGGAGCCGGGGAGAGCGCCACCUAGGCGCCGCUGCACACAGGAGGGGGAAUACUGGGGAAAGGGUGGUGGGACUUGAGGUUGGUGGUGAAAGUGUUGGGAGACAGAAAAGGUAUAAAAUCCGUUGUUUUUAUCUUGUAUCAUGGAGGUGGCAGCUUCUUGUACAAAGGUGCGAUCUCUGUGAUGCCUUGUUUCCGACAGCGUUGUGUGAAACUGGUUCACUUUUAGCUGUACAUGUUGCAGAUCAUAACUCCAAACAGGUGCAGACUGUCACGUUAUUUAAUAUCCCGUUCAGUAAACUUGCAAAACUAGAGACAGAAAAAAAAGCGUCUCUUUUGGUGUCCAACUUGUCUCGACAUUCGACCAACAGAGUCCGUACCGUGGCCUCAUCUUUACCUUUUUAGCUGAAAGAUGCUAACUCCUCGCGUGCAUAGCACAAAAACAGGCGAAGCAAUUUCACACAAAUGUCAAAAGCGAUCGCUGCACACAGGCAACCCACAAACAUGUAUGUAUCUGCUGUAAAUAUCAGAGGAAGGAGCUGUGGAGACGAAUCUCACACAAACAAAACACCUGCACACACACAGAUUUACUCAGACACAAACAGCCAGGUGUGGCGCUGACUCCUCCCACUCCUCUGGGCGCCACCGACGGAACACCUUAAUGACGAAGGUGAUGACUCUGGUAUAAAGUACAAUAUUGUUCCUUCUUCUUACUUGUUACUCUACUACUACUACUCUACUCUAACUACUACUGAUGAUGAUGUUUUUAUAUAUAUAUAAAUAUAUAUAGAUAUACAUACGUCUGGAUAUUUCUGUAGUGUAUUAUGGGAGAAACACUAGUGUAGCAGAAACCAUAAAAAGGGGAAGGCCGACUGGAAAUCCUAAUUUUUACGCAGUGUGAGGCCAUAAUGUGAGUGCUGAAAUUCAGCAGAAUACCCCUUUAACAGACCUUAACAAGGGGGAAUGAACUGGACAGGCAGCAGCUGUUUUUCUUUUACUUUGAAAUGAAUGUUUGACAUUGGUGACGUGCUGCAAGCAUCAUAGACGACAUUUGGAUUUUAUUACAAACAUACAUAUAUACGGGAAAAACUAAGCACAUUCUUGCUCUUUUUCUAUAAUUGAAGAGAAAAAGUAGCAGCAAAAUAAUGCAAAAAAAA